UUACCCAAACUAACCAAAAUGGCCUCAAAAUCCCCAUCCCAUCCCACACUAUUCCUCCUCCUCCUCCUCCUCCUCCUAACCCUCAACCCCACACUAGCCAAGAACCACCACCACCCCCACUCCCCGGCCGCCGGCGGCCGUCGCGCCCCGAAAAACGCGACGGCCGCCCGGCUCCGCCAGGCCUACGACGCGCUCCAGUCCUGGAAGCGCGUCAUCUACUCGGACCCGCGCCAGCUGACCUCCAGCUGGCGCGGGCCCGACGUCUGCGCCUACACGGGCGUCUUCUGCGCCCCCCACCCCAACGACACCUCCAUCACCGCCACCGUCGCCGGCAUCGACCUCAACCACGGCGACCUCGCCGGAUUCCUCCCGGAGUCCCUCGGCCUCCUCCCCGACCUCGCCCUCCUCCACCUCAACUCCAACCGCUUCUGCGGCGUCCUCCCCUCCUCCCUCGCCAACCUCUCCCUCCUCUUCGAGCUCGACCUCAGCAACAACCGCUUCGUCGGCCCCUUCCCCGCCGUCGUCCUCGCCCUCCCCUCCCUCCGCUACCUAGACCUCCGCUACAACGAAUUCGAGGGCCCCGUGCCCUCGCAACUCUUCAACAGCAACAACCUCGACGCCAUAUUCAUCAACAACAACCGGCUCACCUCCGUAAUCCCAUCCUCCCUCGGCUCCUCCUCCGCCUCCGUCGUCGUCUUCGCCAACAACAACUUCUCCGGCUGUCUCCCCCGAUCAAUCGUGAAAUUCGCGGACACGUUAGAAGAGCUUCUCUUGAUAAACAGCAGCAUCUCCGGGUGCCUUCCCGUGGAGCUAGGGUUUCUCUACAAGCUGCGCGUCCUCGACGUGAGCCAAAACGACAUCGUGGGGGAGAUUCCGUACAGUCUCGCGGGGCUGGCGCGGCUGGAGCAGCUCAACGUGGGGCACAACCGGCUGACGGGGGCAGUGCCGGAGGGGAUAUGCGCGCUGCCGAAUUUGUCGAAUUUCACGUUCUCUUACAACUUUUUGUGUGAGGAGGAGGGGAUUUGUGGGAAUUUGACGGCGAGGGGGGUUGCUUACGAUGACCGGAGGAAUUGCUUGCCGGAGAAGCCGAGGCAGCGGAGCAAGAAGGAGUGUGACGCGGUGGAGCCGGUGGAGUGUGUGGAGGGGGAGUGUGGGGUGAAGGCUGGUGUUUCUGCAAGUUCACCGCCGCCGCGUUAGGUUUGGCGGCGGUGGUGUGAUAAUAACGGGGUGGCUUGGAAGCAUCUGGAAAGUUCCUCUGUGUAUAUAGUUUAGUGUAGUGUGUGUGGAAAUUGGAAGUAGUUCUUUUUAUAAUGUCGUGUGAGUAAUUGUGGAUCUUUUUGUGUAGUGUUUACUUUUUUUUAUAAUGUUGUGUGAGUAGUGUUUACUAUGCUUGUGUUUGAUAAAUGAAUAAAAUUAUUGAUUGUAUGAGUA